UGGGGUUUGAUUGCUCUGAUGAGGGAAUUGAAUUAGGCAGUGCUGGUUCACGGCUUGUCUGGCUGCGCAGCGGUGAUGCUUGUUUACUCAAAGCACUGCCCUUUUAUCUCAGGGUGCGUGGGGGGCGGUUUCCUGGGGCAUUCCUGUCUGAAAGCCAGAGAAGACUUGUCCUAACUGGCUGCCUCUGCAGGAGACCACAUGCUGAGGCAGUGGCACCUUUUCCCAUCCUCCUCCUCAGCGACUUGUUUCAGCACCUCUCUUGUCCUCUCCUCCUGCUUCCUGCAACAGCAUCUCUCCGAAAUUGAAUCAGUCCAUAAUGCCUGAGGUGCGAGACCUCUCUGAUGCCUUGCCCGAGCUGCCGAUGGAUCCCAUCACAGGUGUUGGUGUGGUCGCAUCCCGGAGCCGAGCACCGACUGGAUAUGAUGUAGUUGCACAAACAGCAGAUGGCUUGGAUGCUGACCUCUGGAAAGAUGGCUUAUUUAAAUCCAAGGUCACACGGUACCUGUGCUUCACCAGAUCAUUUUCAAAAGAAAAUAGUCAUUUAGGCAAUGUCUUGGUUGAUAUGAAGCUCAUUGAUAUCAAGGACACUUUACCUGUGGGCUUCAUUCCCAUCCAGGAGACCAUCGAUACACAAGAAAUAGCUUUCAGAAAGAAGAGACUGUGCAUUAAAUUCAUCCCUCGAGAUUCUACAGAGGCAGCCAUCUGUGAUAUCCGAAUCCUGGGAAGAUCUAAACAGGCCCCUCCUCAGUACACAUUCAUAGGGGAGCUGAACAGCAUGGGCAUUUGGUACCGGAUGGGCAGAGUGCCACGCAACCACGACCCCGCUCAGCCUGCGGCUCCUCCUGCCCCAGCACCGGCUUCGACCCCUGCUCCCAACCUGCCCAGGCAUAUCUCGCUGACACUCCCGGCCAGCUUUCGGGGCAAGAGUCACAGCACCCGCCUGGACCUGGAGCACCAGCACUCCAACCUGUAUGCAAUCUCAGCAAUGGAUGGAGUGCCUUUUAUGAUUUCAGAGAAGUUUGCCUGUGCUCCUGAAGGGAUGCAGCCAGUUGAUCUCUUGGGCAUCACAAUCAAAACCCUUGCAGAAAUUGAAAAGGAGUACGACUACAGCUUCCGGACGGAGCAGAGCGCGGCGGCCCGGCUGCCACCCAGCCCCACCCGCUGCCCGCCGGUCCCGCCAUCCUGAGGGGCCAUCGGCCGGAGCAGGCGUGUGCGUGCAUACUACUGAGCGGGACACAGGACACAGGACACAGUGCUGGGACUGCCCUGGCACACCUCCGUGCACCCGGCCACCACCGCCGCCCUGCGCUGCACCAUCCCCUGCACACGCCGCUCCACGCGUUGGGACCCCCCUCGGCAGCUGCACCCCACACACUGCUGCAGACCCCUCUCCAUGUGAGUACAGGACUGGGAGCCUUGGUCAUCCCCACUUUGUAACCCUGCUGCAGGACAGUCACAGAAUCCAGAGCUGUAGCAAACCCCUGCAAACACAGCUGGGAGCUCGCAGACCAUCGAGAACUCUCAGCCCUAAAAGGAACAGUGAAAGGCACGGCUGGGUAACGCUGCCCAAGCUGCUGUGGAGCUGGUCAGCUCUCUAUGCCUUGCAGCAGGAGGUCCCUGCGGUGCUCGGUCCAGUGGCAGCACUGAGCUGCAGCAGAUGCCCCAUCCUUCUGCCAAGGUCUGGGCACAGCAGUUCUGCCACAGCCAGGAUCAGCCCCCCCCAUACACCCACUAUAGUCACUGGAUUUGCUGUAGCUGGGGGAGCUGGGGCCGCUGGCUCAUGCCUGUCUUGGACUCUCCCUGGGCACUGGCAGGGCAGGGCAGGGCGGGCAGAGCGCCAAGGUGAAGCACCUCCGCUUUGCACAGGGUGUCCAUGUGUCCAUCCGGAUCUAGACCAACAAACUCCUGUGUUUAUUUCCGUCUGGAUGCUGGCAGCACCACGCUGGCAGAGCCUGGCAGCACCCUGCUGACCCGGCCAAGCUGCCUGUGGAGCCAGGACCCUGCUGACAACUGGGAUGCCAUCACCUGCCCGUCACUCGAGACAGUUCUCUAAUGUGCCCCGCUAGCUGCUAAAAUAAGAGAUGUGCCUGUUCCCUGGGCACUCCCAGGGAAGCACUGAACUCUGACAUGGCGCAGGAUGAGAGUGGGAUGCAUUAAACCCUGACCUGAGCCCCCUGUGAUCGCUGACCUGGGCUCACUCCUGAGCCAAAUGCAUGUCUUGGAGAAGUCUGUUGCUGUAAUAAGUUAUUUACAAGUGCCCAUGUGACUCCAUGCUGCUCUUUCAAGUCUCUGCUGUAAAACAAAGCUACAUCAUGGCAGCAAAAUGGCAAUUUUUGAGUAAGUGUUAAAACAUACAAUUUUUUAUAUUGUAAAAUAGUGAUUUCCUGACCCCACUGAAAUGCAAUUGCCAUGGUAACAGUAACAGUGUUGUCUCUCAGCCUGGGUCAUAUGUGUGCCCUGACCCGCUUUGCACUGCCUUGGAUUGAUCUGGCAUUUGCUAGUUGCACAGAAUGGUGACUGUCUGUGCAGGUUUUGUACUGUCAGCUUCUAUUUUUUAUUUGUACAUAUGUAAAAUAUUUCUUGUCCAAAGAUUCAUUUCUGGUUUUAAGGCACCGCACCAUACUGCUGGGAUAAUGAGCACAAAAUACUGUAACAUUCAAGACAAACUGAGUCCAGAUCUUUGCUUCAGCUGCUUCCAAUCAGGUAAAUAAUUUUCUGGAGCUGCCUCUGUAGAGCAGCCAUGUGGUUGGAGAGCAGAGGCCAGUUUGGUUGCAGGUGUGUUAGUUUUGGGCUAAAGAGUUAAGGCUGUGCCAUUUGCACCAGCUCUGGAGCCUCGUGUGACCCCCUGGAAGUGCUCGUUUACUUGGAGGUUGCAGCAACAUUUUUAGUUGUUAUUUAUCCUGCCGGAAAGAAAAGCCAGACCUCACUGCCAGGCUUCACAAAGGCCAGAUUGAUGAUGCCGACAUCGACAAAUGAACAUACCAUGGCAGCCUGGUCAUUCGGCUCAGGUUCACUUGAAGUUCAAAUCCACUCCACGCUGUAGUGCUGUACCCAUCUCAUCCAUCUCUUGUCUGUCUGUUUUUCUGCUUGUAAUUUGUUCUGUAGUUUUCUGUGACAUCCAUUUAUAGCUUCUCCUGUGGCUCAGUGGUCACGGCAGGUAGGCAGGACCUGUCUGCAGCCGUGCAUUCCUCAUAGCUUUGGGAUGAGAGCUGACCUUCCCUGUUCCCAGUGGAGGAGUGAGGGCUGCGGGCGGCACAGAGCAGCCAGCACAGUCUGCAGAGCCCCUGGGAGAUGGAGAGACCACUGCCAGGAGCCCUUCCUCAAGCUGCCUCUUCCCGUGUGAGGGCAGAGCUGCCUGCACAGUGGCCAGGGGGCUCAGGGAGGAGUGGGUUCUGAGAGCACCAAGCCCUGCACUUGGUGCCACACUCCCUGGGUGUGCCUGGGAAAAUGGGUGCAGAGCUUUGAGUCCCUUCUGUGAGAUUUAGCUUAGAGAUAAAAUUGGUGCUUUAAUGUUUUAACCAACUGUUAGGUUUGCUCAGCUGCCUUGGAGAUAGUGAGCUCAGCCUGCUUUGCAGUGACCUACAGGAGACACUGGGUGCUUGAAACACUGGCAGGACAUGUGGCUGGGACAGGCAUCUACAUCUUCAGGAUAUAUUUGUAGUUAUUUCUUCUCUGACACUGGACCAGCAAAGCUGCUUAGGGGUGCACCUGUGAAGAACCUUGAGAGGUGAGUUUGCUCUCCACAGUGCGAUCCUGCACCAUGGCACUGCAGGGACACCCUGUUCCAAAUGCAUGACAGGGCAGGUGCAUUUCCUCUGGGCAAAUGCAAUCAAGGUGUUUGGAGCAAGAAGCUGCAGCUGCUGAGAGCCAGCUGAGCUCUCAGCCCUGCUAACCACAGGCUGGAAGACUGGGCGAUUCCAGAAGGGAGAGGGCUCAGAGCCAGUGCUUGAAAGCACAGCGAGACACACAGUGCAGGGUGGUUGACUGUGUCAGCUUCUCAAUCCACUGCUCAGAGGAAGCUUUUUUUCAUUGCACCGCUGAGUUCCCAAGAUCCAGAGUGUCAGGUCAGCAUUUCCAUGGGCAGGUUUUAUUGGCUAUUCCAUAACUUUAGUACUCCCAGCAGCUAGCUCAUUGCAAGGCUGGUCCUUGCAUCCUCGCAGUGAGUCCUCCAUGCUGGCAGGUACCAUGGCCACUAUGAGCAUCUCUCUGCAUCUUCCUUCCUGUCCAAAAUGCGACUGUGGAAGUAUUGGCCCAGGCAAUAAAUGUUCAAGGAGCCUGAUGUGGAUGUUGUCUGGCUGUGGAGAAGUCUUUUGGAGCACAAGGGGAGGGGAUGAGUCAGUGGAAAGCAACAGAAGUGGAUUUGCAGAGCUUUACCAGAUGUGCUUGGCUACCUUGCCUGAAUUUGUAGAACAAAACUGCUCUCUAGGUAGUUCAGUCUUGCGGCUGAUGGAGAAGUUAGUUUGCCAAAUUAUCAUAUAUCUGCAACAGAGACAGAAAAGCAGCAAUAAGGGGUUUGCUUACUGUAAAAUACACCUUCUGAUGUGAAUUCGUAGUGACAUGCUGCCUCCUGGAUUCCCCACAGCAAGAAGCUGGUCACGUGCCAAGGUGACUUGUGCCCACCCAGGCUGGGCUGUGCUGUCUGCUGUGUUAACCAUAGAAAGGCAAGAAAUUAGAACAGAAAGUGACGUAGAGUGUGAACUUUGUGAUAAAAUUCAAGUGUGAACAGUUGUAGUGGGUGUGUCCCCUGUGGGAGCACCUCGUAGCCGUAGUUCCGUAGGAGUGAACUUUGUCAGACUUUUCCUGUGGCUGUCCCUGCGUGUGCCUGCAGUGUUUGUCAGAGGAUCCCUGCGAGCCUCCUGUGCAGUGAGAAGUUGCUGGUAGUCUGUAGCCUUGGGCUUGUUUGGUUUCACACCCACCACUGCCCCCUCAGUGUUCUGAGCUCUCCAGACUGAAGGUGCACACUGCUGAGCCUGGAGAAUUCCCUGCAUGGGCAGGCACGUGCCAGGCAGAUGCUAGUGGCAAGGGCAUGCAUCUGCUGACCUUGGAAUCUCCUCUUCUGUGGGGCCCUGAGAUCUCCUGGGGGGAGGGAAAUCAGGAUGUGGUGCCUGCAGAGCUGGCUGGUCCCAUGUUGGCCCUCACCUCCCUGCUGCCCCCAGGGUGACAUAGGGUCUGUCUCCCCAGAUGUGCCCGUGGCCUCUCCCACGACAGCCCCAGGAGCCCAGAGAGGUGUUCCCACUCCUCCUGAAGGGCAGGCACGUCUUGCUACAUGCAGAUAAUUACCUCAGCCUUGGAGCCUUGACUAACAGCCGGGAAUCCCUCCCAGCAGUGGGAAUCCCGGCAGGGGCAGCCCAGCGGUGCUGGUGUCAGUCAUCCCGAGCCAGAUCCCCCUGGCUGUGGUGCAGGGAGCAGGGGAGGCUGCUCCCCUGCUCACAAACAAGCUCAGUGAGGUGCUGCUCAGUUCAUUCACCACAGGGAAACCAAACACUUUGGAUAUUCUGGUCAUUUGUUACAAAAUUGUUUCCUAACAGCAACAGAUUUAAAUGUCAUCAUGCAAAUGGCAGAGAAGAACCUUUUAUGCAGUUGCAAAGUGGUUUUCUAAGAUGGUUGGGUUAUUGAAAGUGAUUUUACUGUGCAUUAAUCUUAUGAAUGUUACUAUGUUUUAUAUUUAUUUUAGAUGACCCUCCUGUAUUUUACAAAGGGAAGUUUCAUUCUGUGAUAACUCAGUCUGUAUUCUUAAUAUAAUUUGUUAAAUGAAACUUGUUUUAAUCAGUUUA